AUGUCAAAUGAGACAGCGCCCCCGUCGCAUAUAGCUACGAUGGGUUCCGAAAAACAUAAAUCGAAGUCGGACAAGAAAUCCAAAUCCAAAUCGAAAUCGAAAUCGAAAUCUUCACCGGGCGAAAAGAAGCGGAAACGAGACCACGGAGAGGACGCACCCAAGUCCAAGUCGAAGAGACAAAAGUCCGACAAGAUAGCUGCGGAAACAGAAAGCCUCGACGCCCCGUCGACGAUCUCGCCAUUCCACUUGCAGACGUCGUCGCUGUAUCUGCCAUUAGCACCGGUUUCGCAAAAGUUCCCGCUCGAGGGCAUUUGCGCCGAGCAUCUCUCUCCGCUCCUCCUCACAUACUACCCGCCAUUCAAUGGCGUGCUGCUCUCGUACAGCAACCCGCGACUAUCCGAGAAACCGUUUGGGAACGAUGGACACGAACUGUUAUUGCAGAACCAUGACGAGUAUUCUGUGAGCUGGUCAUGGCUUACUGCUGAGUUUUUGCUGUUCAAGCCCGAGACAGGAGCGUGGUUGGAGGGAUACGUCAAUCUACAAAAUGAAGGUCAUUUGGGACUGGUGUGUUGGAACUUGUUUAAUGCGAGUAUCGAGCGCAAACGCCUACCGAGCGAUUGGGAAUGGAGGUAUGUCAGUGAUGCGCGGGAGGGGCUUGAGGGGCAGGAAGAGACGUAUGCGGAGGAAGACGCGGGCUACUUUGUUGAUGGAGAGGGAAAGAAGAUCGAGGGGUUGGUCAAGUUCAGGGUCAGGGAGACUGAAUCAAGUCAUGAUCGCGAGAGAGGUUUCUUGAGCAUCGAGGGAACAAUGUUGGGUGAGGAGGCUGAGAAAAGGCUCGCAGUUGCAGAGAGUGAGAAGUUCAAGGCGGAGAAAAGCAGAGAUACUGCAGGACGAAGGCUUGGGGGCUCGCGAGCUUUGGGAGCGACAAAUCUUGGUGUGACGGUCGAGCCAGCUUGA